AUGCUCUUCCCAAGAAGACUACUCGCCGCCGCGGCGCUGGCAACGACGGCGUCGGCGCAGACAUAUUCGUCGUGCAACCCCCUCCACCAAACAACAUGUCCCGCAGACACGGCCCUUGGCAUGGCCAUCCACGUCGAUUUCACCCAGGGCGCCGUCAACUCAUUCGCGGCCUCUGGAAACCCUACAUACGGCAGCGACGGCGUCACCUUCACCGUCGCUGCCUCCGGCCAGGCGCCCCAACUCAUGUCGCUCUUCUACAUCAUGUUCGGCCGCGUCGAGAUCACACUCAAGGCCGCGACGGGCGCGGGCAUUGUCAGCUCCCUGGUCCUGCAGUCUGACACUCUCGAUGAGAUCGAUCUGGAGUGGCUCGGUGCCGACCCGACCGAGGUGCAGUCCAACUACUUCGGCAAGGGUGACGUGACGACGUACAACCGCGGGCAGUUUCACCAGACAGACAACAACCAGGACAAGUUCAUGAAGUACACCAUCGACUGGACCUCGGAGCGCAUCGUCUUCUCCGUCGACGGCACCAUCGUCCGCACCCUCACCGAGGCCGAGGCCGACGAGAACCAGUACCCGCAGACGCCGAUGCAGGUCAAGUUCGGCGCCUGGUCGGGUGGCGACCCGGCCAACGCACCCGGCACUAUUGACUGGGCCCGCGGGCCGACAGACUUCAGCAAGGGGCCCUUCCAUAUGGUCGUCAAGGACAUCUCCAUCACCGACUACUCGACCGGCAAGGAGUACAAGUACACCGGCACCUCGGGCAACUGGGACUCUAUUCAGGCCGUCGGCGGCCAGAUCAACGGGAACCUCGGCAAGGCGCGCCAGGUCACGUACACGGCCACCGCUGCCGCCGACACGGGCUCGCCCGCGCCGACAGUGCCGAGGGGUGGUAUCGGCGCCGACGAGUCCGCCACUGCGACGCAGACCGGCUGGCCGUGGGUUGCCAGCGCGAGGCCGACUGGCGGCUCCGUCCCGGACGGCUGGCGCAUGAACUCCGAGGGCAAAAUAAUCCCGGACGGCGCCGGGACCUCAGUACGCCCUCAGUGCUUGGCCGUGUUGGCGUCUCUUGUUCUUGGUGCUGUCGCAGUACUUGGGCGGUAA